CAACUCUUACAUGCGUCCCCUUGCAGUCAUCCCACCGCUGCCAGCAAUGUAGCCUCCAAGGUGCGGGGACUUCUACAGUUACUCUUUUUGAUAACAAAAAGGCAGAAACAUAUACUGUUUUGGAGCGAACAGACUCAUUUUAUUUUCUUUGAUCUACAUCACGGUCGCCCAUUUAUUACGUCACUCUCAGGUAUACGAGCGCCUGCUUCCAACUUUUCUUUUACUUUAAACUAGCAACUUUGACAGCCAGAUGACAGUCAGCUGCUAACGUUGGAUGCUAACAAGACGUGAAGCUAACGCUGAAGUGUCGUCAAAUUUGGAAGCAGUGAUUGACACGAGCGACGCAGCGCAAUGUGGACAAACAAGCAGCGAGGGAUCCGACUGUCUCAGCAGGAGCUGCUGUGCAAGAACUCCUGUGGUUACUAUGGCAACCCCGCAUGGCAGGGCUUCUGCUCAAAGUGUUGGAGGGAACGAGUGCGGCCCGCCGAAGCCGACAGACAAGGUGCCAGAGCUAGCGGUGACGGCACGCCACCGACUUUCUCCAAAUUCGAGGAGAAGAAGAAUAUGGAGAAGGGUCGUCGUGUCAACACCAUGAGAAGACUCUUCUGGGGCGGGCCGUCCCCUCCCAAAGCAGAACCUUCCGACAGCCAGAUGAAUGUGUUAAAAGCCUUCCAGAAGCUGGAACCCGGAGACUUCACCGGUUUCCUAAAGACACUCCGCAGCCCGUCCUCUCAGCGUCUGCAGUCCCGUUGCACAGCCUUCCUCAACACAAUGGAAGCUUACCAUGAUCUGCCGGUACAGAAGCAGUCGGAUCUCGUGCAAGACUUCUACCAGUCCUUUGCCGAAUACUUCAGCAGGUUUUCAGAAGCCGAGCUCACUCAAACGAUGGAGCACGUGGAGAAGCUCAUCAUGACACGCUUGCACAAGUGGGUCUUCUGCCAUGACAGCUGCGAUGACGAGCAGAAGGACCUGACUUUGCAGAGGAGGAUACGUUCUUUAAACUGGGUCACCCCGCAGAUGCUCGGCGUACCUUUCCCGGAUGUGCAGAGCGCCGUCACGGGCGACCCCUUUCUUCCCGCUAUAACGGCCAUUAUUGAGAUGGACGCCAAGCGAGCGCCUCAGGACAAGCUGGUGUGCGUGUCCAAGUGCAGCCAGCACGUGUUCGAGGCGCUCUCGGCCUCCAACAGCGAACCGGCCAACGCCGACGACUUCCUGUCCGCCCUGGUCUACGUGGUGCUCAAAGCCAACCCGCCUCGCCUGCACUCCAACAUGCAAUACGUCAUCCGCUUCGGCCUCCCGCACAGCCUCAUGGCCGGAGAGAGUGGCUACUACUUCACCAACCUGUCCUGCGCUGUGGCCUUCAUCGAAAAGCUGGACGGCCCGUCGCUCAAACUCAGCCCGGAGGAGUUCGAGGGUUACAUGCGGUGUCAGCGGGCCCCGUCGUUGGGCGGCGGGCAACAGGACAAGGCCUGCGAGACACGCCACCUGCUGGACGAGCUGUCGGCGCGACAGGAGCGGCUGGACCGCGGCGUGGGCGACCUCAACGCACAACUGCGGAUGUGGGUGCAGGCCGUUCACGCCCAGAUAGACCAGGCCACGUCCCAGCUAGCUGUAGUGCAAGAGGAAUUGACGGAGCUCUCGUCAUCAUCAUCCUCCUCUUCUGAUUCAGCUGUCAUGGAACAGCUGGUGCUUACGGAUCAAUUUGAAGGUCCUGCUGAUACAGACUGUUGAUCCCAAUUCCAGAAGGUACAUGUUUAUUUUUCUUUUAAACUUUAACCAGUAACUUUAUCACUUGAUCACAAAAGCACAGAUUAUACUCCACUUUGAACAUUUGAAUCAUUUGCACUAUUAGUGUCUACAAAUGAAGAAGCUUAUAAAUACAUUCCGUGAUUACCAGCAACUGUGAAAAUGUAGCACUCGGGUUUGUUUGUUUCCCCCCGCACCCCCAAAAAAGUCUGUAAAUGUGUAAAAUGGAUGGCUUUAUAAAAACUAAAAUGGUCUCUUCUUUGGGAACAUUAAGUAACUAAGCAACCUCUAAUGUACUUAUGAACAUGAUGUACCAAAUGCAGUAAUUGCACAGUUUACAUGCAUAAUUUAGCUUUUGAAGGGUUUUGAUAAAAUCAUGAAAGGGUUGGGUUGUUAUGUCAAAUUAUAUAUUAAACUUAAUGUGAUUUGUCAAUUUAUUUUGUAUUUUUCCUCAUCCACAAAUAUUUUAAAACUGACUAUUAUGCAAAGUGUUUUCAUCAAUUGAGUGCUCUGGUGUGUUGAAAAAUAUUAAAUUUUUGUAAAGGUUU